AGCAGCUGGUCGUGCGCGGAGCUGAGCGCCCUUUCGCCCCGCGCCCAGGGGACAGCGCUCCGGGCCGCGGCUGCGGGCCCCGGGCACCGGCACUCAUUGAGCCGGACAUGUGAGCCGCGUCCCCGGCAUGGCAGCCUCAGGAAUGCCCCACGGAUACGACAUCCUCAUUGUCUACAGCCAGGAUGCAGAGGAAUGGUGCCAUUACCUGCAGGAACUUUUCCUGUCCAGCCGGCAGGUGCGCAGCCACAAGAUGCUGAGCCACCGGUUGGGCCUGGACGUGUCGGUCUCAGCUGAGGACCUGCGUGUGUUCCUCAGUGCACGCUGUGUGUUGGUGCUGCUGUCUGCAGAGCUGGUGCAGCUCUUCUACCAGCCAUCCCUGCUGCCCCUGCUGCAGAGGGCCUUCCACCCCCCUCGCCGCGUGUUGAGGCUUCUCUGCGGGGUGCAGGCCCACCAUGAGCAGUUCCUGCCCCUCUUUCCUGACUGGGCCCACUGGCAGGAGCUCACCUGUGACGAUGAGCCUGAGGCGUACCUGGCAGCUGUGAGGAAGGCCAUUUCUGAAGAUUCUGGCUGUGACUCAGUUACCGACACUGAGCCUGAGGACGAGAAGGUCCUUCCCCACUCCAAGCAACUGAGCCUGCCAUCGGAGACCACGCCAGGGAACCUGAUGGUGGUGCAACCGGAUCGGAUUCGCUGUGGGGCCCAAACCACUGUGUACAUCAUUAUGAGAUGUAAGUUGGAUGACAGGGUGUCGACGGAAGCCGAGUUCUGUCCUGAGGAUUCUCCAUCGGUCAGAGUGGAAGCCAUACUAGAGAAUGAGUACACAAUUUCCGUGAAGGCUCCUGACCUUUCAUCUGGGAAUGUUUGUCUGAAGAUAUAUUCUGGUGACUUAGUGGUGUGUGAAACCAUUAUCAGCUAUUACACUGACAUGGAAGAAAUUGGGAAUUUAUUGUCUAAUGCUGCAAAUCCCGUGGAGUUCAUGUGUCAGGCCUUUAAAAUUGUGCCAUACAACACAGAAACUCUGGAUAAACUGCUAACAGAAUCCUUGAAAAACAACAUCCCUGCAAGCGGACUGCACCUCUUUGGAAUCAACCAGCUAGAAGAAGAAGAUAUGAUGACAAAUCAGAGGGAUGAAGAACUACCUACCUUGCUGCAUUUUGCUGCAAAAUAUGGGCUGAAAAACCUCACUGCAUUGUUGCUCACCUGCCCAGGAGCUCUUCAGGCAUACAGCGUGGCCAAUAAGCACGGCCACUACCCCAACACCCUAGCUGAGAAGCAUGGCUUCAAGGACCUGCGGCAGUUCAUCGAUGAGUAUGUGGAGACUGUGGACAUGUUGAAGAGCCACAUUAAAGAGGAGCUGAUGCAGGGGGAGGAGGACAACGCUGUGUAUGAGUCCAUGGCCCACCUGUCCACAGACCUGCUCAUGAAAUGCUCCCUCAACCCGGGCUGUGAUGACGAGCUGUACGAGUCUAUGGCAGCCUUUGCUCCAGCAGCCGCUGAAGACCUUUAUGUUGAAAUGCUUCAGGCCAGUGCAUCCAACCCAGUCCCUCGAGAGAGUUUCUCUCGGCCCACUAAGGACUCUAUGAUCCGCAAAUUCCUAGAAGGCAGAAGUGUGGAGACAGCCAGUUUGGAAAGAGAGCAGCACCAUCUUGAUAGGGAAGAAGACGUAUAUCACAUUGUGAACGAUGAUGAGGCCUUUUCUGUGGAUCUGGCCAGCAGGCCCCCUGUCCCUGUGCCCCGGCCAGAGGCCAGUGCUAUUGGUUCUCAGCCACUACCUGACGAUGAGCCCUAUAUUUCUAAAGUUUUUGCAGAAAGAAGUCAAGAACGGCUUGGGAAUUUCUAUGUUUCCUCAGAGAGCAUCAGAAAAGAGCCACCUGUGAGACCAUCAAGGGACAGGCCCCAGUCCAGCAUCUAUGACCCGUUUGCAGGGAUGAAAACGCCGGGCCAGCGGCAGCUCAUUACCCUGCAGGAGCAGGUGAAGCUGGGUAUCGUCAACGUGGACGAGGCUGUAUUGCACUUCAAAGAGUGGCAGCUCAACCAGAAGAGGCGAUCCGAGUCCUUUCGCUUCCAGCAGGAAAAUCUUAAACGACUAAGGGAAAGCAUUACUCGAAGACAGAGAGAGAAGCAAAAAUCAGGAAAGCAGACAGACUUGGAGAUUACAGUCCCGAUCCGGCAUUCCCAACACCUGCCUGGGAAAGUGGAGUUUGGUGUCUAUGAGAGCGGCCCCAGGAAAAGCGUCUUCCCCGCAAUGACGGAGCUGAGACGCGGUGACUGGAAAACAGACAGCACCUCCAGUACAGCCAGCAGCACAAGUAACCGAUCAAGCACACGGAGCCUCCUCAGCGUGAGCAGUGGAAUGGAGGGUGACAAUGAGGAUAAUGAAGUCCCAGAAGUCACCAGAAGUCGGAGUCCAGGUCCCUUACAAGUGGAUGGGCCCCACACUGUGCCCCUGGAGAGACCCCCCAGAGUGCCUCCUCGAGCCGCCUCACAGAGGCCUCCAGCCAGGGAGACCUUCCAUCCUCCUCCACCUGUUCCACCCAGAGGUCGCUGAGUUUACUUCCUAGACUCAUCCAACUUCAGAACUUUAAGACUGGCAGUUCUCAGACUGUUAAUGUUGUCUUCAUGUUGAAUUUUCUGCAUGAACAUUGACUUGGAGAUCUACUCUCAUUGCUAAUAUUAUUGCAGCCCUGCUGGUUUGGGUGAUUUCUCGAAGAAGACAUUAUUAAGGCAGGAAGUAAAAAACUAAGAACCAUGUUCACCAUUGCCAAGUAUAUUGGUCCACAUCACAUGUUCAUUACCAAAAGGGUGGAGACUUGAUCAGGAUACAUACCUCUAAUUUCUCUUAAUAGAAGCCUAACAAGAUUAAUUAGAAAUGUUCUUUACAAGUGAUUAUACUGCAGUAUACUUACAUUCACCAUUCUGUAUUUGAUAAUCCAUCCUAAUUCCUAAAAGUGACUAUAAAACUAAAGUACUGGAGUACAAGUGACCUAAUUUUAAAAUAAUUUUACAUUUUUGUAGAAUUAUUUUAGUUUUGUAGAAUUAUUUUGUGAAUUAUUUCUGGUUACAAACCACAAACUGAAAAGGACUUAGACAGACUUUUUUUUUUUUUCUGGUAGUAGGGCCUGGACUCUGGGCCUGUGCGCUGUCCCACAGCUCUUCAGCU